GGUUUUGAAAGUGAGGAAGGGCUAUUUUGCAGGCUCGUCAUCUCUUCCUCCGGGGGCAGAAAACCCUAGUUUCAGAAAACCCUAAUUUCAGAAGAAACUCAGGAACUCAAACAUUUCAGCAGCCAUGGUUACUGCCAAGAAGACAAAAAAGACACAAGAAAGUAUCAACAACAGACUGGCUCUCGUGAUGAAGAGUGGGAAGUACACAUUGGGUUACAAAACCGUCCUCAGAUCUCUGAGGAGCUCUAAAGGGAAAUUGAUAAUUAUUGCAAACAACUGCCCACCACUUCGGAAGUCUGAGAUCGAGUACUAUGCUAUGCUUGCAAAAGUUGGAGUUCACCAUUUCAAUGGGAACAAUGUAGAUCUUGGAACUGCUUGUGGCAAGUAUUUCCGAGUGUGCUGUCUCAGUAUUACAGAUCCAGGUGAUUCUGACAUUAUUAAAAGCAUACCUGGGGAUCAGUGAUAUUAAGGGAGAGGGUCCAAUGUUAUUUUAGGAAGGUUUUGUUAGAAAUUUUCUCUGAAAUUCUGUCUUCCUUUUCCAUGUAGACCUUCUGAUCGGUUAAAACUGAUGAUUCUCACCCUUGUCUUUGUUUUAUCAUUGAUUCUGAUUACGAUUUGCUUGUAUUUGAAUUGUGAAAUCAUGAGGUAAGUAGAAAUCGUGGCAUUUUGGACACUUUAAAAAUGGAAUCUUAUUCAUUCACUUGUA